AAAUAAAAUGACAAUAUAACCUAGGUUUAUCUUUUGAAAAUCAUUCAGAAUGUCACGUUUUAGCGGAGCCCUACAGAUUACCGACCUAGAUGACUUUAUUACGCCGUCACAGGAAUGCAUCAAACCAGUUCAAAUUCAGAAAACUACAAGCUCAACUGGGUCCAAAAUAAAAAUACAGGAAGACGGUUAUUUUCAAAUUGAAGAGGAUGGAACGAAGCACAAGUUGCAGAAAGUCGAAAUCACCCUGGCUGAUUGUUUAGCAUGUUCUGGUUGUAUAACGUCAGCUGAGAGCAUACUGGUAUCCCAACAAAGUCAAGAGGAGUUAUUAAGAGUAUUUGAAGAAAACAAAAAGGCGAAUAUGGAGGACGGCCGACUGGCAAAAUUGAUAGUUGUCUCAUUAUCCAUCCAGCCUGUACUGUCUCUGGCACUUCGUUACGGCUUAUCCCCAAAUGAGUGUGCUUCAAAACUAACGUACUAUUUCAAGCAACUUGGCGCCGAUAUGGUUGUUGAUAUGACGAUUGCUGAUGAUUUUGCACUAUUAGAAUCACAAAAGGAGUUUGUCAGAAGACACCGCACAGUAGAGAGUCAUGGAACGAAGAAUGUCUUACCACUCAAUGUAGCAAAAAUUGUUAUUAUUCUAGGGUGGGUAUGCUACGCUGAAAAAACACACGGAUCCUACAUUUUACCAUUUAUAUCCACGACAAAAUCGCCGCAGCAAAUCAUGGGGUCUCUCAUAAAGCAGUGGGUUGGUCAUAACCUCGGGGAUCGCCAGAUUUACCACGUUACCGUCAUGCCAUGUUACGAUAAGAAACUGGAAGCCUCGCGCCAAGAUUUUUUCAACAAAGAUACCCAAAGCCCGGAAGUGGAUUGUGUGAUAACCGCAAUCGAGUUGGAACAGAUGAUGGAUAAAGACGGAGUGUCUUUGGGCUCAUUACCGAAUUCAAAACUAUCCCAACCUUGGAUUCCUAAGCCCGACAGCGACGUUGCACCUUCCCUGACGAGGCAUAUAGGAUCUAGUUCUGGUGGGUACGCCGACCACAUCUUCAAAUAUGCAGCUAGAGAGUUGUUCGGGGAAGAGUGCGAUAAUUUGGAGUACAAGAGCUUGAGGAAUCCAGAUUUCAAAGAGGUUUUGUUACAGAAAGACGGUAAGGUAUUACUGAGAUUCGCUAUCGCUAACGGAUUUAGGAACAUACAGAAUUUGGUACAGAAACUGAAGAGAGGAAAGUCGCAGUAUCAGUAUGUUGAGGUUAUGGCAUGCCCGUCAGGAUGUUUGAAUGGAGGUGCUCAAGUUAGACCAAAGACCGGAUCUACUGUAAGAGAACUGACGACGGAACUGGAAAACAUGUACAACUCUCUUCCGUGUCAGUCUCCAGAGGAAAAUAAAACCGUCAUGGAAUUGUAUGAAGCUUGGUUGGGCGGUCAAGAAAGCGACAAAUGUAGUUCCGUUUUGCACACACAGUAUCAUGCCGUGGAGAAAGAAGAGACUAUGUUGAAUAUAAAGUGGUAGAAAAUGUUAGCUACUAGGAAACUUGAGUUUCAGCAAUGAAUAGACGUUUUAAUUAUAAAUAAAUGUAUAUUAACUUGAACAAACACUGGGGAAAACUUAUUAUCCUAAGGAAUAUUUAUUUUGAAUAUAAAAUAUAUAAAACAUGAAAAACAGUAAUUUUACAACACAAAUCUGUAACAUUACUAAACAAUAAUAAACAGUUUACAGUUA